CGAAGAUAAAAAUUCAGGCAGCAACAUGAUGUCAGUAUCUAAUUUGAGUAAUGAGUGUAUAAAUGUAUGUAUAUUGACUGUUUUGUAAUAACUCAGCAAAGCAGAUAUAUCACACACAUUAUCACAAAACGGGUUCAUAAUCUUUUUUUAACAUCCAGUUCAGUGUCAGUGCUUGAGUGAGUAAGAAGAGAUAUUGUUGCAUAUAACCGGAAGGGAUAAUGGUGCACCACAGUAGAAAAAAACGUCCAAUUCGAUAUUUGAAUCGAUCUUCGAUGAUGCACAGCUCAGGCAGUACACCCCAACUGCCUGAUCAACCGAACGUUAUCAUCAAACGAUAUGUUUCGUGUGAAACACAAACUGAAGCAUCCUUUCGACAACAGACAUCGGCCCUCCGCAUCGGAAUAUUCCAUCAUAGUACGGAUGUAAGGACUAAAGUGGCUCCCACCACGAGGAAACAGUUCUCUCUCCAGGAGUUGGAAUCCGUGAACAGGAUAACCAAUCUGCCCAUCGUGGAGACAGGAAUAGGAUAUGCAGAGAAUGUCUACAAUAGGAUCAAGAAAUCUAACAAUCUGAUCAACUGGACACUGGAACAAGCAGAAAACACAGCACAGUCAGUGUUUGAAGUUGCUACUCCUGCGAUAAUUUUAUUCAACCGGCCUAUAUCUACUAUCGACAAGUUGGUGUGCAAAAGCUUGGAUGUCGUCGAACAUACUGUGCCUCAGAUCAAUCUUCCUCCUCAAAUGAUGUGCUGGAAUACCCAACAGUACAUAGCAGGCCCCAGUAUACAGAUAUUGCUCUCAGUGUUGGAGAGUGCAUACAAUGCAGCAGAUGCACAAACCUUCCCAUUCAGAAAAGAGGAUGAUCUGUACUACUUCGCUCUUUUUGCCUUUCAGAUCUAUUGGAACACAAAACAGUAUGUGGCAGAUGUUGGCACCAAAAUAGCUCGUCCAGUGCUGAAAAGAGCUGAUUCCGUCAGACAGAUCAGCAACAGCGUGCUCUCAAGCAAGUAUACUGCUUACGCAGCGGACACCUUGGACGGAGCUUUGGACGUUGUGGAGAAAUACGUGGACAAGUACUUGCCUGCCGAUGAUGACAAGAACGUUUCUUACGAUGAAGUGGACCAGUCAGUUGGUGGCCCAGCAGGCAAAGCAAUGCACACAGUCCAACAUGCCAAGGGCUUCUCAAGAAAGUUAAAGAGAAGGCUUACUCAAAGGACAAUCGCUGAAGUGAAGGCUUUGAAACAACACAGCGCCGAAGCUGUGCAUGUUCUUAUUUACGUCGCAGAAUUGGUUGCGACAGACCCCAUCCUCGCAUUCCAGAAAGGCAAAGAAUUGUGGGCGAGUCUGAGUAAAGACGAGCCAGAAAACCAAACUCGUCCUGAGAAUCUGGAGCAGCUGGUCGUUUUGCUGACCAGAGAAUCCGCUAGACGCAUGGUACACCUCAUCAACUUCUCCUGCACUGUGUUGAGCACAAUUCCCAAAACCAUGUCUCACUCCCUCUCCAUCGUCAUGAGCAGCUUACUACAACUCACCGACUCUAUGAUCAAGACAGCCCACAUGGAGAACGUCCAAAACAGUGUGGUGAAGGUAUUAAGGAUCCAGGGCAGAUAUCUAGCAUUGGUGCUCAAAGAAGCUAACCAAAAGGUCAACGAAUAUUUGGGUUGAAAAUGGAGGACAAAGAAAAUGGUGGUUUGAGAAAUUAUCUUCAUAAAAGAAAACUUAGUAGAGUGUUGACAGAGGGAUGAUACAUUUUAAGCUAAUAGGGGAUAAUGAUGAUUCUGAUGAACACUGGGAAAUACAUAAAGUAUGUUGAUCGGUUGGCAAUGGGGAUUAUAAUAUUGUCAAAAGAAAAGCAGAGUAAGCCAAAACUACCAGGGAUAUUUGAUCUGCAAAUGGAAAUAUUAAAUCUCAAAACAAAAGGAUUAGAAAGAAGCACCCAAAAUAUGAUAACAGUGCAUCAGAGACUUCGGCAUCUGAUGUAGAAUGCACAGUUUUCUCUGCAUUUCAGGUAAACAUUUUUAAAGGUAUUGAAAUAAUUUUCUAAAGUUGCUACAAAUGAAUUGUCUCAAAUGAGCGAAAGAUUUAUUUUUUGAAGUGAUCUUCAUACUAUCUAUGUAGAUUUAUUGUGAUUGCUGAUAAUAUUACAAGUAAAUGGUCCGUAAGCUCUGUCAUAUGAACUAGAUAUCAAACCUCAAGUUGAUGCCUCUAGUUGCCAUAUUGUGCCCAUGUCCCAAUGUCCCAUUAGUUGUACAUUAUAUAUGUUUAUAUUUUUUUAUAUAUCACGGGAGCAUGUUUCAUUUGUUUUUAUUAGUACCAGGGUUGCAUUGUUUUACGUGUUGUAGUUCUAAUACAGUCAUUAGAAACACUGUACACCUCUAGCACAUUCAAAAGAAAUAUACAGUCAAUCACAUAUGCUGUACACAAUUAACACGUUGACUGCCACCUCUUUUCGGUUGGUUUUACCCAGGAGCCAAUUAGUUGUAUAAUGGUUAAUUUGUUAUUUUGGUAGUAUAACUUCGUAAAAUCAGUUAUUGAAGUAUUUUCGUAAAAUGUUUUUUUAAUUAGAAGAUUUUUGUGGCUCUUCUAAGAGCUGACGGCACUGACUUACAAAUCGGUUUCCUGUGUGCCAGCUGGCGCUUAUAAGAGUCGGAAGAUAAUUAUUUGUUUUUUAUAAUAGAAAUAAACUAAAAGCAAAAAAAACAUUUAUUAUGGACCGUUAACAAAAAUAAAAUAUUAAAAAUAAUUUUUGUAACUCAAAAUAGUAGAGAACAUAAAAGUAUAACAAAAACUUUUCCGGUAAAUAAUACACCUAAUGUGAUAAAAUCUAAUCAAAAAUAAGAAAUGAAACAACUUUUUUUUAGAAUACAAACAUGAAUUUGUGGUGAAUGCAGACUAUUAUUAGUGCAAAAAAUUAUUUGUGAAUAAUCUCCAAGCAGAAUCCUGGAACAUCAGGGAAUGUUCUACAUUCGUACAUCGUUUGGGUACGGAUUCGCUUUUUGCUACAAGACUGGUAUCUUUUCCUGGAUACUUGUUUUUUACCAUCUAAAUCACGUUUUACUAAUUUGGGCCCUUGGGUGCCUGCAGUAUUGUACCUCGACUCUGAUAAGAGUCAGCGGCACCGACGAACAUCUCGUGUUGACUCUUAUAAGAGCCAGCGGCAGCGAACGUGUUAAUUCUACCUAAAUCAGGUAAUCAGAACACUAAGUUUGAGGCCAAGAGAAUGAUAGGAUUUUAUUAGCUACUUUUAAGUAAUCAGGGCAGCCAUAUCUCAAAUAUAGUCACAUAGGCAGUCUGAUAAUUUAUCUGACAUAAAGAUGAUUCAUUCUUUUAGGCGCAGGACUUUUUUAAUAUUAUCCAUUUCAAAAAAAAAAUAUUGAAAUUACAAAUUGCUCUCAACGUUUUUAAUUCGGUUCCGCUACUCACUAGAUGAAAAAACUAUUUUUUCCUUUAUGUUGCAACUUCUGACGUGACAGCUGAAAUUUACAUCUUGAUUGACUAUAUCAAAGCAGAGCUUCACAUUAAAACUAAGGCUGCAAAACAGUGUAUGGAAAAUAAACAGUUGUGGGAAACUGUUGGGUCUGAUAAAAAUAUUCUCUUAUCUUCUGUUGUAUGCUGUGUCAAAAAAUAAA